GACAACGCCCCGACGACGACACGACUCCGACCACGACAAGACCCACAAUCGCCUCCAUCCCUCCUCGAUCUUCUUUUCAAGAUGACCCACGAGUCUGUUUACUACAGUCGUCCCAGGACCUACGGCAAGGGAAGCCGCCAGUGCCGCGUCUGCGCACACAAGGCCGGUCUCAUCCGCAAGUAUGGCCUGCUUGUCUGCCGUCAGUGCUUCCGUGAGAAGGCCUCUGAUAUCGGCUUCAUCAAGUACCGGUGAACCCUUGCCUUCCCCGUCUUGGUAAAUCGCACACAUAUCCUCCCCGCACCGCAUAUAUCGACAACGAAAGAAAACUUCCGCCCACCUACGCUACGACCUGUCUGAACUUAGUCCAAACAUACCCGAAUACCUGUAAUAGAAGAGUUCCAUAAUAUUUUUGCCAGAAGGGAACGAGCGAAUAACAUAAACGAGGAGAUAAAUUUCAAUAAAUCGAACCGAUUGACUUGAUGUUGGCUAAGGUGGUGGGGAUUUGAUAAUGAGGUAGCAAGGCUGAAUAUAAUAUGCGAUUUGUUGAGAGUGUUCCUCCCUUUUUAUCUCUUCCUCCAUUUUCCGAAACCUCCCCUCUUCUUUUUAUUCUCAAAAUCUCUUUUUCCUUUG